CGGAAGUAAACAAAGAGCCGAACGUUUCUAAUUAAUCGUUAGAAUCUGCGUCAGAAUGUCGAUUUCUAACCCAAGACAAGUGUUUUCAAACCCGUUGAUCCCUUUCGCUGGCACCAUUCUGGGUGGUUUACUGCCCGAUGAGAUGGUUCUGAUCCAGGGUUCGGUACCGUCUGGUGCUGACAGGUUCCAGGUGGAUUUUACGUGUGGCAGCAGCGUGAAGCCGCGGGCCGACGUGGCGUUUCACUUCAACCCCAGACUGAAGAAGAAACGCAUCGUCUGCAACACGCUGGAGAAGGAGCGCUGGGGCAGCGAGGAGAUCCUGUAUCAGAUGCCUUUAAGAGUCGGAGCUGCAUUUGAACUCAUCUUCUUGGUCCUGAAGGACAAGUACAAGGUUGCUGUAAACGGAGCGCAUGUGUUGGAGUACAAACACCGCGUGGAUCUGAACCGGGUCGACACCAUCCUCAUCUCAGGGGCAGUGGCGGUUCAGGCUGUGGCCGUUCUUCCUCCUGCUUCUAGUCCCGCCUCUCCUGCUUCCAGUCUGACCAGCUCACACUCUGAGGCGGUUCUCUCAUUCAGAGAUCUGAAAGUUCCCUUCAGAGGGCGGCUGGAGAAGGGGUUAAAGGUCGGACACAGCAUCAUCAUCAAAGGACAAACGAGUUCGAAUGCAAAAAGUUUUGCCGUUAACCUGCGCGACGCCAGCGGCCGUGACAUCGUCCUCCACCUGAACCCCCGCCUGGCCAAACGAGUCUUCGCCAGGAACUCGUUCCUGUCCGAGUGCUGGGGCGCCGAGGAGUCGGACCUGGAGGCCUUCCCCUUCGCGGCGGGGGAGUACUUUGAGAUGAUCGUCCGGAGCAACGAGCGGCACUUCAGGGUCGCCGUCAACGGAUGCCAUCAGUUCGACUACAAGCACCGAGUCCAGGACCUGAGCGCCGUCGGCCAGCUGGAGGUGGUGGGAGACGUGACGCUCAUGGACGUCCGGAUGAUCUGACCCAGAAACACGAAACCCAGAAACACAAAACCACUCACCGUAAAACCGGGGUGUCCAAACUGGCUCAGGUGUUUAUGACAGACAGAAGAAAAGGAACAAAAUACAACCAAAAAACUCAGAAACAUUCUGGAAACUAAAUUGGGAAAUUUAUAGAAAACCAUGGAAAUUUCCAGAGUUUCAAAAGUUUAACAUUUAUCAGUAAAAAAAAACUUCAAAAGUUUUGCAAUUAACCUCAAUUCUAUUUUUUUGAAAAAAAUGGGGAAAUUUGAGUUUUCUGAGUUAAAUAAUUUUUGACUUUUCAAAAUUUUCCACGUUUUUCUAUGACAAUUUCUGAUAUUAAUCUCAAAAUUCAAACUUAGUUUUUUUUUUUUGGUGGAGAUGGCCAUGUUCCUGGGCGUUUCUAUUCUCAAUUAGGAUGAAAUUAUCACACAGUAUUCUGUAGCCAAUAUUUACUUUCUUAAAAUAAAAGAUAUUGGCUGUUUGGAUAAAUAACUUGCAUCCCUUUCCAGGAUCAAAUUCGGCUGUUUUUGUGUAAUUCAAGUAUUUUAUGUUUAGAUUAUUGAGGGGGUGAAAUAAGUUUUUUUGGCUUCCAGAUAUUCUUGUUUGGAUGACAGAAGUUUGGACACCCCGACCUUGAAGCAUGUCUGACGCCUCUGAUAUUUAAUCAUUAACAUUAAUUAAUUACUGCAGUGAUUUCUGGAUCAAUGUGACGGACAAGGCUAAGAGUGAAAUAAUCCUAAUGCUUUAUUACUUAUAACAUUGAAUGUUGUAUUAUUACUGGCCUCUUAAAGAGGAGGAAGAUAAUUGCUUUUUUGCACUCUGGGAUGUAGAGAGAAGAAAAAAUGGUUGAUUUAUGUGGAUUGAUUUUGUUUUUAAUAUUCUGACUGAUGGGAAAAUAAUCUGAUCAAAUUAAUCCGACAUGCUGUGCUAAUAAGAAUUUACUAUAACCUUAAUGACUUUUUUUGCAUCAUAACUCUAUGGCUUCCUGGCAGCGUGACGUCAUUGGGUAAUGAGAUUUAAUUAGCUAAUUUAAUCUCAUUAGCUAAUUUAAUUAGCUCAAUGUACAUUAGUCCAUGAAACUACUAGUGAUACUAAUGUAUCACUAAUCCUGAUACAUUAGUGACUUUACCAGUUGCUAUGGCAACGAGUCAACGUGUAACGUGGCAGUCAGAGAGAGAUUAAAAAUUUUUUUUGCAUUUUUU